GCUUGGACUUGGAGGAAGGGGUCUGUGUAAUCCAUUGUUGCGGUUGUAUAUAGUUAUUUGGGGUGAGGAGGGUAGAGUGUUGUAUGAAGUGCGUAGGUAGAAUGCGAGAUUCGAGAGGAGACGGAUAGAUAGGUUGUAGGGUAGGUAGGUAGGGACUUGGUUGUCGGUCGUCGGGGAUGCCGUUGUUGAUACGGACGGGCGAUGGUGGCAGGAUUGCUGCAUGGGGUAGGGCGGUCGGGAAGGCGGUGGUAUAUUUUUGGGGUCAGGCUUGUGCUGCAUCGGCGGUGCCCCCGGUUUAUGCGGGGUGCUCUUGGUCCAGCUCAGGCUGUAGAAGUUGGUAUAUACUGAUCUCGUUCUCACUUUCGCUUUUGAUCUUACUUCCAUACAGUGCCUACACGGCCGGAUAUUUGUCUAGUUUAUCCUUUUCGACAUACAUCCUUUUCUGCGAUGCUUCUGGCUGUCUCCUCGCUAGAACUCGUGAAACUCCCGAGCGUUUACUUUGUUAUCUCCGGUCCACUGGACAACCUUACUUGCUCUUGGAAAGAAUGCUAGUAUAUCUGGCACGAACAGCCUAAUCAACCUUCGCGAAUCAUACAAACAAAGCAACCACCUCUCGCGCACAAUGACAAGCCAUGGCUUCUGGG